AUGGGUCUGAGCGGUGUUCAGCUGGGACUCCGAGCAUGGGAGUGGCUCUGGACCCUCCUGAUCAUGGCCCUGAUCGGUAACAUGAUCGCCGAGUCCUUCGCCGGCAACCCGUCGUCGGUCAACUACACCAUGUUCACGUCGGCAUUCUCGAUGCUCACGCUGUUCUAUCUGGUGCCGGCCUCGUUCAAUCUCGACUGGGCCCUGCACCCGAUUAUCAUGAUCGUCGUCGACGUGCUCAAUUGUAUUUUCUUCUUCUGUGCUGCUAUCGCCUUGGCUGCCAAGCUGGAGUGCCAUUCGUGCAGCAACCUGUCCUACACCCUCAACAACGAAAUCACCAACGGCUCCCACAACCCCCAGAAGCGCUGUCGCGAGGCCCAGGCCUCCGUGGCGUUCCUGUGGUUCGCCUGGGCCGGCUACAUGGCCUCGGUCUUUGUUUCGAUCUUCCUGGCCCGCUCUGCUACUGUCAACCUGCGUGGUCGCACUGGUAGCGCUCGCAAGCGUCCGGCCAUGGCCCAGGUCUAA